AUGACGGAUGAUCUGAGCCUUGAAGCAGGUUAUGGUGGGUUGAAGCCGAAGAAAGGGAAAAAGCUUCAGCUCACCGAUAUGAUAAAAAGAACUUUCUCACAGAGAGGGCACAAUGUCCGUAAAAUUAUCAUGAUUUUAAGUUUCUUUUCGACGGUAGCAUUCUUUAUUGCCCUAACGAAGGUUUUUGCAACAAAGGAUCCAAAGAUUGUGAUUAUAUUAGCGGCAAACGAAGGGGGUGGUGUUCAGAGGUGGAAAACGCCGCAGGAAUGGUCUGUGGAAAGAUCGUCGAUCGCCAACAAAAAAGAAUAUGCGGAAAAGCAUGGAUAUACGCUUACAAUCAAGGAUGUUUCACUUAAGCGACGGUACAGUCACGAGUGGAGAGAAGGAUGGGAAAAGGCAGAUAUUCUAAAACAAACAAUGAGGCAGUAUCCGGAUGCUGAGUGGUUUUGGUGGCUUGAUUUGUACACAUUUAUCAUGGAACCGGAUGUGGAUUUGUAUGAAUAUCUUUUGGAUCGUGUUGAGAAUAAGACAUACAGAACGGUUGACCAUUUCAACCCAUUGAAAAUCGAAACUGAAAUUCCAUACGAAGAAACAUCCAUUUCACCCGUUGAUCUGGUGCUCGCGGAGGAUUGCGGAGGUUUUAACCUCGGAUCUUUCUUUAUUAGGAAAUCCGAGUGGAGCGAGAUGCUUCUUGACAUGUGGUGGGACCCUGCUUGGUAUGACCAAAAGCAUAUGGAAUGGGAACAUAAGGAACAGGACUGUCUGGAAGUGAUGUAUUCAACCCUCCCUUGGGUUCGUGACAGGCUUGGGUUCGUGCCAUUGAGGGCCAUAAAUAGUUUCCCACCAGGGGCAUGUUCGGACCAAAAGGAUGAUCCUCGAUAUUUCUAUAAUGGAGAGGACAGGGAUUUUGUUGUUAACAUGGCCGGUUGCAACUAUGGAGGACGUUCAUGCUGGGAUGAAUAUGAACACUACCGGAAGCUCCAGCGCUCUCACAAUGUGGCGCCUUGGUGGAAGUUAUGGUGA